AUGAUUGUUUUAAGCAAUGUAGCUGUACCGACAGAUGGCAUUCGAUUGAUUCAAAGUCAAGUCAGUGCAUAUAUUGAAAGUGAAUCUGCUGGUGAAGGUGAAUUGACCAUUUCUGAAAGUUCUGUAACAUGGAUAUCAAGUAUCAGUGGACAAGGCUUUAGUUUGACUUAUCCAUCAAUAAUACUUCACGCUAUUUCGCGUGAUCCCAGCGUAUUUCCAGAGGAAUGUAUUUACGUAUUAGCUGAUGCGAAAGGAUCAGACAUAGGAAUACAAACCACCGAGGAGUCUAUGAGUAAUACACAGCAUGUUAUUGGAAGUGGUAUUGAAGAACAAGCAGAAUUUAAUGAAGAAAGGACGGAAAAUGGUUUCGGUGAUGUUGGUGAUGAUGAUGAUGAUGAUGAUGACAAAGUACAUUUAGCUAUACGUUUUGCUCCUCAAGAUAAAACUAUAUUGCAAAAUAUUUAUCAACAAAUGUGUGAGUGUCAAGGAUUGAAUCCUGAUGAGGGUGACGAUUUUUCGGACGACUUUACAAUGGAUCCAGAGGGUAGUCAGUUCUCAGAAAAUAAAUCUGAUGAGGAAGAUUGCGAGGGAGAUGGUCGAGAAGGAGAUCAAAAUACAAUAUAUUUUCGGAACGUACAAACCAAUGUGCACAGGCAUGAAACUAAUGGUGGCCAAGGAGAUGCUUCUGGUAGCGAACAAAUGGAUGAAGGAUAG